AUGUCGCGCAACGUUGGGCUCGCUGCUGACAGCUCGACAGUUAGUAGUGGACCGAACGUGGGUGCGAUUGUAGGAGGUGUAGUCGGUGGUCUGGCAGUCGUUGGUAUUAUCACCUACCUCGUUUGGAGGUUUUGCAUCAAAAACAAGAGAGACGAAUGGCAGGAUGAGCCAUGGGCUCAGGAUGGUCCACGAUCCAAGGAAGGUUCAGAUAUGGACUAUGCCUCUAGAGCAUCUCAGCGACAGUCCACUCACUCCGUGCACUCUCUGGCAUCGACUGUGCUCACACGUGCUUCCAACAUUAUUCAGAUCGCAUACAUUCCUGGCGUUACAAACCGAGCCACGCCUACGUCACCUACACUUCUCGUGCCUCCAGUCCCUCCGAUUCCUUUGGCACGUUCCGAUACUGGAAGCCCUUCCCCAUAUGAGGAGCAGCACUUCUUCGUCCCUGGCAACUUGAGAGACUCUUCUUACUCUGGCAUUUCAGGUUACAGUGAUCGCACCUCAUACGCUCACACCUCGUAUGCCCCUCGAUCUAGCGUUGCUUCUACCAUAUACGGCAAGCAUGCCGUGGUCUCUCCAAUGCCGGCGCAAAAGGGCACUCUCCUCAAGCCUUCACUCGUCAGUGUCAAGUCCAAGGGCGCAAGCAGCGGAAGCUCAACUCCUCCUGUGCCCUCGGUUAACUACGAAAAGUACGAACAGCCGCCUGCAUCUCCUGCAUUUAGCAUUGGUGCAACUUUUUUCAAGAACGCCAGUGCAUCGACUGCCACUGCAGUUCGUCCACAAGUAGUCCGUCUGGGUAGCAGCAACGGCAUUAAGACUGUUGAUGUCAAGAAAACUUCGCCUACUGUGUCCAUCACCGAGACAGACGCUGAGGCUAAGGCCACCAGAGACUCUGCUGCUCCAACGGCCACUCCUAUUGAUGACACACCCGUCGAGGCGAAGAGCCCCUUUUCUGAUCCUCCUAAAAACAGAGCUUCGCAGCACCAACACUCGAAUAGUUUGGGUGCAAUGAUCAGCGAGGCCACGGAACGCGCAGCUACCAGAAGUAGGACAAGCUCGAGUUCAGGAUCCUCUAAGAUACGUGAGAGCAGUCCUUUCGGAGAUGAGCAUGCUUUGAGGGAUUAG